AUGUCGUUUUCAAUCUCUUUUCAUAUCUCACAGCUUGGCUCUCCACAGCUUGGAAGCAUGAGAUUAAGAACAAGCUUGACUUUUUUUUUUUUUUUUUUCCCCCCUGUAGGAGUUGAUGAAAACACUAUUCUUAACAUCUUGACAAAACGCAGUAAUGCCCAAAGGCAGGAAAUAGCUACUGCCUACCAGAAAAGAACAAGAAAGGAGCUUGCAAAUGUUCUGAAGAAUGCGCUGUCUGGUAACCUUGAAACAGUAAUUUUGGGCUUGAUGAAGACUGUACCACAAUAUGAUGCAUCAGAGUUAAAGGCUUCCAUGAAGGGUCUGGGAACAGAUGAGGAUACGCUGAUUGAAAUUGUAUGCUCUCGAACGAAUGAUGAAUUGCGGGAAAUCAAUCAAGCUUAUAAAGAGAUGUACAAAACUGAACUAGAAAAGGAUAUAGUCUCUGACACAUCAGGUGAUUUCCGCAAAUUGCUUGUUGCCUUGGCAAAGGGUAAAAGAGAUGAAAACAUUUCUAUAAUCGACUUUGAAAAAAUUGACCAGGAUGCAAGGGAGUUGUAUGAAGCUGGAGUCAAGAGGAAAGGAACAGAUGUUCAAAAAUGGAUCACCAUUAUGACUGAGGGGGCCAUACCUCAUCUGCAAAAAGUAUUUGAAAGGUACAACUGUUACAGCCCUUAUGACAUGGAGGAAAGCAUCAAAAAGGAGGUGAAAGGGGACCUGGAAAAUGCCUUCCUUAAUCUCGCUCAGUGUAUUCGAAACAAACAUCAGUAUUUCGCAGACAAGCUUUUUGAUUCUAUGAAGGGCAAAGGAACCAAAGAUAAGCUUCUGAUAAGGAUAAUUGUUUCCCGCUGUGAGGUCGACCUGCUACAGAUUAAAAGAGAAUUCAGAAAGAAGUACGGCAAACCCCUGAACUCCUGUAUCGCUCAAGAGACAAAGGGUGAUUACCAGAAAGCCCUUCUGAACCUCUGCGGAGAUGAUUGAAGACUAGGCUGAAAAAGACUCCAGCUUUGCUCCCCAGCAAAUGUGUAACUGUACAACAAAGCAAAAACAAACUUUGCAUUAUAGAAAGUGCUACUAGUCUGUGCUUACCUCUUGUAUGUUUUGUAGUAUUUUGUAUAGUUCAUUUUGCAAGAUUCAUCAGGCUGCUUUUCGGCUGUAGUUGUAUAAAAGAAGAAAACAAAUUAAAGGAUAACUUUUAUAUAAAAAAAA